AUGAAAGACUACAAUAAAAAGCCUCAGAAAGCACAAAAGGAUGGGGCAGAGGAGCAAAUCGCCAAAAAGCACCGGGAAAAUGCCUACAGUAUCCAUAAAAGCGAAGACAAGCCAUUAGAGCUUACGAAUGCAUACCAAUACUCUCAAGUCCUACAGCUCGAACAUGCUGUUACAAACUUCAUGGAAUACUUCAACAAGAUCAUACAACUUUCGCCAAAUUACAAGGUUUAUUUAGAGAAUGUUGAUCGUCCCCAGGAAACGAGCGUUGAAAUUUUACCAGCGAUGCUACGACACAAGUUGAAGUGCGCUGCGGAACUUGCAUCACUAAACGAGCUUGGAAAACUUCCGUUGCUAGAGGAACUUAAUAACUACGAGUCCAAAUUUUCUGCGUCUGACCGAAAGCCUAUUUUGAAGGAUCUCAAAGAAAGCGAUCUUGAUAAAAUGUCUGCAUCAGUCAACAAUGAGAUGGUUAGGCAUUGGAAUGAGGUUUCAAGGAAGGCCGAAGAGGAGGAAGAGGAGGAUGGCUACGAACCCGAAGAAACAAAAAAGAAGUGGCCUCCAAAGCUCCCUGAGAUCAAAAACUCAGCGAUUAAAGCCCGUGUUUUCAUCCACAAGUCCAUGAUAAACGAUAAGCUUUAUCUAUCAGAGCAUGACAUGAUAAAAGCUCAUAACGAGCGCCUAGAGUUUUUGGGUGAUUCAAUUUUGAACACCACGAUUACAAUGAUUCUUUACAACAAGUUCCCUCAUCUCAGCGAAGGGCAGCUAUCCAAACUUAGGAUGAAACUCAUCAGUAAUGAGAGGUUAAAAAAAUGGUCUUUUCUCUAUAAGUUUAACGAGAAACUGAGAACCAAUUUAGAUAAGACCUGUGAAAAUAACGAUUUUAAGCAUGGUAAGCAAAAAUUAUAUGCCGACGUGUUCGAAGCAUACAUUGGAGGGCUUAUCGAAGACGAUCCCAAACACAAUUUGCCCAAAGUCCGUAAGUGGCUAAGCAAGCUAGCAAGCCCAGUAAUAGAGGAAGAAUUCAAAAAGGAUGACGACCUGGAUGUCAAUGAGGUGGACAUCAAUGCAAAGAAAACCUUGUAUUCUUUAAUCGGCUACGCGGCUUUGAAUUUGCACUACAAACCUAUUCAAAAACCUUCAAGCGAGGAUUCUAAUGCGCUUGUGGAAUGCCGUAUUAAAGACGGGACUGUAUUGGGUGUUGGAAAAGGUAGAAAUAUCAAAAUUGCAGGAAUGAGAGCAGCACAGCAAGUUCUUCAGAAUAAGCCGCUAAUCGAGAAAUAUGCUAAUUUAAGGGCAGCGGUACCGAGGUCUGACUCAGUAGUCAAAGGGCCUUCAGGCAGUAAGCGCUCCCCUCCUAGCGACGAUGGAGAUGAUGAUUCAUCUGCAAGCCAACAAGCCAAAAGAGCCAAUCUGGGUCCUGGGAACGAUACAUCUUCAAAUUCCCGAAUUGUUGCUAUGCCUGACGGCUCGUUAGCAUUCAAUUAG